AUGAUAGAUAUUGAGGAGGACAUCCGUUCUUUACAGCUCGAGUCAGCAGAAGACAAUAAUGGGGUGGUGAAUCCUGAGGAUGGAAAGCCGGAAGAAGUUGAAAAAUCUGAUCAGAUGGAUGAAGAUCCUAAGCAGGAGGUUCAGGCACAGGCUGCUGAGGCUGAGCCAAAAGUGAAAGAUAAGGAGAUUCUUCCUGUUCAAGAAGAAGAAGAAGAGGAGCCAGAAAUGACCAAAAGGCACCUGAAUGUUGUGUUUAUUGGCCAUGUUGAUGCUGGUAAGUCUACAACUGGAGGCCAGAUACUUUUCCUCAGUGGUCAGGUUGAUGAACGGACCAUCCAAAAAUAUGAGAAAGAGGCUAAGGAUAAAAGUCGAGAAAGUUGGUAUAUGGCUUAUAUAAUGGACACAAAUGAGGAGGAGAGGGUAAAGGGAAAAACAGUUGAAGUUGGACGAGCACAUUUUGAAACAGACACAACAAGGUUUACUAUUUUGGAUGCGCCUGGUCACAAAAGCUAUGUUCCUAACAUGAUCAGUGGUGCGUCUCAAGCUGAUAUUGGAGUGCUGGUUAUUUCUGCUCGGAAGGGAGAAUUUGAAACUGGAUAUGAGAGAGGUGGGCAAACUCGUGAGCAUGUCCAGCUUGCAAAAACGCUGGGUGUGUCUAAGCUGCUUGUUGUUGUUAAUAAAAUGGACGAACCUACAGUACAGUGGUCAAAAGAAAGGUUCUCCCACUUUCUUGGUCUAUUCACACACAUCCUUUUUGUGCUUGUAUGCAAUUAUAACGAGAUUCCUUGCUGCUGCUGUACCACUAGGUAUGAGGAAAUUGAGUCGAAGAUGGUUCCAUUUUUAAAGCAAUCUGGAUACAAUGUAAAGAAAGUUAUUUUACUAAUUAUUUGUUCAACAGAUGUCUUGUUUUUGCCUAUAUCUGGUCUAGUGGGUACAAACAUGAAAACAAGAGUGGACAAAAGUGUUUGUCCAUGGUGGAAUGGGCCUUGCUUGUUUGAGGCCCUUGAUGCUAUUGAAGUUCCACCACGAGAUCCCAAAGGUCCUUUCAGGAUGCCCAUUAUUGACAAAUUCAAAGACAUGGGAACUGUUGUUAUGGGGAAAGUUGAAUCCGGUACUGUCCGCGAGGGAGAUUCCUUGUUGGUCAUGCCAAAUAAGGAUCAAGUAAAAGUUGUUGCCAUAUUCAUUGACGAGGAUCGUGUUAAACGAGCUGGACCUGGUGAAAAUUUGCGGAUUAGAUUAUCCGGUGUUGAAGAAGAAGACAUAUUAUCUGGCUUUGUCCUGUCUAGUGUUGCUACUCCAAUACCAGCAGUUACUGAGUUUGUUGCUCAGUUGGUGAUCCUUGAAUUGCUAGACAAUGCUAUUUUUACUGCUGGGUACAAGGCUGUUCUGCAUAUCCACUCGGUGGUUGAGGAAUGUGAGAUAGUUGAACUUAUACAGCAAAUUGAUACAAAGACAAAGAAGCCUUUGAAAAAGAAAGUUCUCUUUGUGAAGAAUGGUGCAGUUGUAGUGUGCCGUGUUCAGGUUAAUAACUCUAUUUGCAUCGAGAAGUUCUCUGAUUUCCCGCAGCUUGGGAGGUUCACUCUUCGUACUGAAGGAAAAACUGUUGCCGUGGGAAAAGUCAUUGGUCUGUGA